UGGCCGAAAACUUCGAAAAAAUGGGAAAACUAACUGGCUUACAAACUUUAUUCAUGUAUCCGCUUGCAAGAUAAGCAACAACGGACAUGGAUAUGCCCGUUUUCCCAAUGAUACGAUUUUCCCACUGACAAUGGUGCUGAAGGAGGGAAAAACGAGGAUUUUCUCGCAAUUCCAUUGAAAGUAAAUUUACUCAUGGAGAAAGGAGCGAUUCGGGAGUCAUGAGCACAGGUGUAAAGAAGCCUCCAGUAGCUCCUAAACCUAAAUUUCCCGCCACAACCAAGCCCUCUCCCCCACCCAUCGCCCCCAAACCAGCUCCUCUCUCCCAGUCCUCACCGGUCUCCCAACCCUCCCCUGCCACUCUCAAGAGGGAAAAGCCAGCGGUUGCCCCCAAGCCAUGCCUCCGAAGAUCCACAGCCUCCCCUCCUCCUGUUUCACCCCCGCUGCCCAAGCCAAAUGAAUGUCUUAAUCUUUCUCAGGAACAGGAGGAGACUUUACAUGAUAGCCUUCUUCUUCUCAACUCCAGGAAUGGAAUUUUAUCAGAGCCCGGGAGACGUGAAUCUGAUUACAUCAUCCCCACCUGCUCCUGUGAGCUCGAGGACUGUUCCCAGUGUUACCAUCUCGAAAACGGAAAUGCAACCGAGAUUAGGGGUGAUUUUCACCAGGAGAUUUUGCAGAAUGGGGUUUCCACAGAAGGAGUCGUGGAAGCAAGGUCACAAGAGAGAGGAGAAAACCGAGAGGAAGGAGCAGCUGUCGUUAAGGCUGAAGGUGGAAGGAUUACCAAAAAGCCCAAGGAUAAACCUCAGAGACAGAAACACCUAGAUAGAGGAAUGUUAAACAAAGAAGCACAAAGGACUGUAGAGCACAAGGGAGCUUUGGAAACGAUAAAACAUCAAGAAGAUACUGUUGCUGAGCCUGAUGAUUUAAACACGGAUGUGGUGACAGAGAACCAGAGGACAGUGUUAACGGACUCUGUGUCAACCUGUGAUGUUGCAGGCAGCAUCAGCGUUUUGUCAAAUACAGCUCCUCAUGACUCCUCUGGAGAUCCAUCUCAGGUAGAAAGCGCCGAUCCUAUCAGUGAAACAUCUCCUACCCGCCUUCACCCCGAUCUACAAGUCCCUGCUGCCCCAAGUAAGCCCCUCCCAGUCCCUCACCCACGUAAAUUCAAAAAGCCAGCCCUGGUGAGGCAGGAUGGGCUGGAGGGCGGCGCCCAGGUUAAGGUGGUGGGGAAACAAAGACAAGGGUAUCAAAUGCAGGAAGCUAAGGGAGAAGUGAGGCUAACAGGCCGUUGUGUUAGUUUAGAGGGUCUACAGCUCAAACAAGACACGUGUGACGACCUAGUGACCCCGAAAGACUCUGGGUUGGGAGAGGAUGAUGUCGACGUGCCUGUGCCACCUCCCCGGCAGACGUCCCUCUCACCUCGCCUGCACAGGACAGUAGAGAUACUCCCUUCCCUUAACAAAAAUAACUCCCACUCCUUGUUCGUGCUCUCUAAGCGUGAAUCGAUUCGCCAUAGCGCAGAGGUUGAGCAGCACUGGGUGGAGGAGGAUGAAGAUGGCGGCUACGGCGACUUUGAGCGGUACCCGAUCACACACAGCCUUCCCAAGCAGGUCAAGCUUGGCUGCCACCCUCAUCUGGCCAACAACAGGAAAGCCUUCUCCACCGAUGACCAGCCGUCCCCGAGAGCACCCCCCCGAAAACCUCAGAGACACAGCCUGCCAGCGCCCCCGCCGCCGUCCUUCUGUCCUCCUGCACCCCCGCAUGCCAGCACCCCCAUGAGGGAGCUUCCCGCACCUCCCCAGGAGAAAAGCACCUGGCGCUUCACGCGGCCCUCGGUGACCUUCUUCAGCAGGCAGAUGCCCACCAGGAGCAGCGUGCCGCCUAAAAGCCGAGCCCCGACGCUGGGGGGCAAGCAGAGGGCGCAGUCCUUCUCUGCAGCCGACCUGGCAACCCGGGCCAGCUCCAACAAGAGGAGCCUCUCUUUCCGCAAGCUGCUCGAGCUUCGGCUGUCAGUGAAGAUGCUGCCAAAGCUGCUGGCCAAGGGAGGGCAGUCCCUGGACUGUACCAGCAUAGAGUCGGAGGGGAGGAAGAGAAGCCUGGAGCGGCCCAAUAGCUGUAUUGGGGAGGUCGAUAUUUGUGGAGAAGGUGUGGAGGAGUCGGUGGAGUAUGAGAACGUGCCGCUGUAUGAGGAGAUCCCGGAGUAUAUGAACCUGCCUUUCCACGGUGCAAGGCUGGGCUGGCCACAUGACUCUGACGCUGACAGUUCAGAUAUCUAUGAGGUGCAGGAUCCCUAUCACAGAUGCCAAGACUAUGAGUACGAGAGCAGCUGGAUGGGCCAGGAUGUCCACUCUGAGGAGGAGGAGCUGAAUAGUUCAGAUGAAGAGGACAACAGCUCCACCUCCAGCAAGGAGCACCUGGACGAGACAGACAGACAGCAAGAGGAUGAGAUGAAGAGGAAGAAGGUGGUGCACAUUGCCCAGGAAAUCAUGAGCUCGGAGAAAGUGUUUGUAGAUGUCCUGAAGCUUCUGCACAUAGACUUUAGGGAUGCUGUUGCCAAGGCAACCCGUCAGAAUGGAAAGCCGGUGGUGGAGGAGCGGAUCCUCAGUCAGAUCCUGUACUACCUGCCCCAGCUGUACCAGCUCAACAGAGACCUGCUGAGGGAGCUGGAGGAGAGAGUGGCACACUGGACUGAACACCAGAGGCUAUCGGACAUCUUCGUCCAGAAGGGCCCUUACCUGAAGAUGUACUCCACCUACAUCCGUGAGUUUGACAACAACGUGGCUCUGUUAGACGAACAGUGCAGAAAGAACCCAGCGUUUGCAGCAGUUGUCAAAGAAUUUGAGAUGAGUCCUCGAUGUGCCAGCCUGGCUCUGAAACACUACCUGCUGAAACCAGUCCAGAGGAUCCCUCAGUACCAGCUGCUGCUCACAGAUUACUUAAAGAACCUUCCAGAAGACUCUGAGGACUAUAAAGACACACAAGCUGCCCUUAGCAUAGUGAAGGAAGUGGCCAACCAUGCUAAUGACAUCAUGAAACAAGGGGAUAACUUCCAGAAGCUAAUGCAGAUUCAGUACAGUCUCAAUGGUCACCACGAGAUUGUACAGCCUGGCAGGGUGUUUCUGAAGGAAGGAACGCUGAUGAAACUGUCCAGGAAAGUCAUGCAGCCACGCAUGUUUUUUCUGUUUAAUGAUGCACUCAUGUACACCACUCCGGUCCAGUCUGGCCAGUAUAAACUCAACAGUGUUCUCUCUCUGGCUGGAAUGAAGGUGAGUAAGCCCAGCCAGGAGGCCUAUCAGAAUGAGCUGAACAUUGAAAGCGUUGAACGCUCCUUCAUCCUCUCAGCCGGCUCAGCCACAGAGAGAGACGAGUGGUUGGAGGCCAUCGCACAGGCCAUAGACGACUACACCAAGAAGAAAAUCACCUUCAUAUCCAGCCGAAGUCAGGAAGAGGCGGAGGUUGUGGUCGACAGCGGGGCCCCUUUAGGGUCAAAGGCUCCUAUCUGGAUCCCGGACCUGAGGGCCACCAUGUGCAUGAUCUGUACCUGCGAGUUCACGCUCACCUGGAGGAGGCAUCACUGCCGCGCCUGUGGAAGGGUGGUGUGUCAGGCGUGCUCUACCAAUAAGUACUACCUGGAGUACUUGAAGAACCAACCAGCUCGUGUGUGUGAUCACUGCUUUGCCAAGCUCCAAGAGAACAGUGACCGCUGUGCCUCCACAUCAGUGUCUCCGAUCAAAUCUGGAGCGUUCUCCUUCACCAGAAAACAGAAAAAGAUUCCUGCUGCCCUAAAAGAGGUGUCUGCCAACACAGAGAACUCCUCCAUGAGUGGCUACUUAAACAGGUCCAAAGGAAACAAGAAGCAGUGGAAGAGGCUGUGGUUCGUCAUUAAGAAUAAAGUCCUGUACACAUACGCUGCCAGCGAGGAUGUUGCAGCCUUAGAGAGUCAACCCUUGUUGGGCUUUUUCCUGAGGGAGGAGAAGAACGGACCGGCUCAGAAGCUGCAGUUCAAGCUGUAUCACAAAAACACACUGUUUUACAUCUUCAAAGCUGACGACAUCCCCACAGCACAGAGAUGGAUUGAAGCCUUUCAAGAAGCAAUGAUUCUUGAGCAGUAGUCGACGUUUUAGCAGUAAGGACGCCUUACAGCCCCAGAGUCAGUUCACGGACAAUUGAAUGACCCCGAUUGAGCACAGGUUCGGGUUUACCAGCUCAGGAAGGACUCCGGGUGGACUGUUUAUUCCACAAAAUGUCCCUUGAAACCAGACUUUUUGCCUUCAAAGAACUGGAGACUAAUCUAUUUGUCGAAACAUAUUUUAAAGCAGCAAGAGCUUCUGAUGUUCAGCAGUGCUGACUGAAAUCAGAGACAGGAGCAACUUGCAGCUGCGGGUCUACAGUCAAGUCCAGAAGCAUGUGUGUGGAAGUGCGACCAAACAGUUGUCUGGGCCAUUUAAAGUCCUCAGAAGUCUGGGAAUCAUUUUUAAAUGUUUUUGUUUGAAGGAAACAAUACUAUGUGAAAUGAAAUCUACAAAAGAGUCAGCCUUGUUUCAGAUCUUAUAUUAGCAGCACUGCAGAGUCAACCCGAAAGAUUAAAUAUAGUUUCUUCUAAAUCAUGCAAAGAAUGACAGAUAAUGUCACCUACCACAACAUUCUGCAAUGAGGUGGGAUUUUACUGUGAAAAUCAGGCUUUAAUAUGGAAACAGGAAGUUGAUAUCUGGGUUCUUUGGAUUUUUUUUCUUUAUGUCAUCUCUAAUGUUAAGAUAUUUUACAUGUCAACUUUUAGAUUUAAUAUACCAAAACAUUUCAGAAUCAUGAUUUAGAAAAGAAAAAGAAAACACCAUCCUGGAAACAACUGGAAAUGUCACACAUUUUUGUAGAUACUUUAAAUACAAAGUGUAUUUUUGCCUGUUUAGCCACACUAGAAGUGGUUGAAAGGUAGUACUGUGUAUAUGGACAUAAAAGAGCAGCAUUGACCUUUUUUUCAUAGCCAAGAGCUAAUAUUUAUAAAGUAAGAAGAUUUAUUAUUUGAAAAGCGCAGGCUGCCGCUUCUUUUGAGAGUCAGGGUUUGUUUAGAAAAAAACACCCAUUUCAAUCAGAUUGAUUUUUAUGGUCUUUUUUUAUAGUAAACACUGUGGAAAGUGUGUAUGAACUAUAUUUCUACAUUGUGCCUUUUGUAUUUCCUCCUCUGAGAUGAACUGCCAUAAAAUAGGUCCUUUGUUGGAAAUUCUGAACUGUGUAGGACAGAUGUUAGCAAACGGAUAUCAUGUCAGCUCAUGUUCUUGCCAGGAUUUUUAGACUUUGUACUUUAAAGAGCAGCAAGUAUCAAUUUGUCUUAAUUAGUGUGUCACCUCCAUGACACCAUACUGGCAACCCCAAAUUCUGCUUUUUUUUUUCUUUUUGUUAGUGAAGGAACAAAAUAUUUUAUGUUGUCAAAUGCUUGUUCUCCGAUGUUUUUGUGCAACUCCAAGAGUGUCUCAUCCAGAUUUGGGAGUUUAGUGAGGAAGAUGAUGUGUCUAAAGUCUAAAGAAUUUAUCUGUGAUUGUACAUUAAUGUUUGUAAGCACUGCAUCAGAGUUAGUCUGUCACAAACAACAUUUCUAAACUGUCAGGCAACAGUUUUUAAUAAAACAUAUAUAAAUAUA